AAUUGAUUUGUGAUUUAGCUUGUCCACAGUUGGUUUAAUGUUUGUAUGUUUUUUCCUCCUCUCAACCGAUACGCAUCCAUAUAACUUCCAUAUUAAUCAGUUUUGAAAGUGUUAAGACAAUUUUACUUAUCCUAAACUGCUUCACGUGUCAGGUGAAUGCAGGAAUUGCGCCGCCCUCGUUGUAAAUCUGCAAGUUACUUCUGUUUUUUUUUUGUUCUCCUUGUCGCAUUGCAUAAUGAAGGUGCCGUGGUCCAAUGUUUAUGGUGUCUGAAUCGUGUCGGGGUCGUUUUUGUGUUUUCGCGUAAGACAUUUUACCACAAUUGCCUUUCUCUACCCAGGCCAGGGGUAUGAAUGGAUACCUUUGAGGGUAGAGACCAGAUUGCACUGAUCCUGAGAUGCUGCAGAAAACUGAUUUCAUGGUCUGAUACCGGGCGUAACAGGGCCCCAGCAGGGAGAACAGUUUACAGACAACUGAUGGGGCUACCCUGGGUUUGGCCUGCUUGAGAGCGGUACAGCCACAUCCAAAAAUGAAGUCAACAUUAUGGUCAAGAAUGCGGUGGAUGUUAUAUUUGGAGGGAUCACUUACUGGACGGUGGGCUAUGCCUUCAGCUUCGGCGACCCAGUGCACCAGAACCAGAACGCCUUCUCGGGAUAUGGCAACUUUUUCCUGGACGUGCAAAGCAAUAGCUCAGAAAUUGGUCAGCGGUACUCGCAUUUUAUCUUCCAGCUCGCCUUCGCUACUACGGCUACCACCAUCGUAUCUGGUGCGAUGGUGGAACGAACUCGUCUCGAGGCCUACAUUAUUUUCUCUCUCCUAAACACUCUGAUUUCCAGUUUUCCCUCACACUGGGUCUGGUCCGAAGUCGGUUUUUUGUACAAGAUGGGCGUGGUGGACGUUGCAGGGGGCGGGCCGGUGCACAUUGCCGGCGGAGUGACGGGACUAGUGGCGACUCUAAUGCUCAGACCGCGCCACAGAAGGUACAAGACCUCAGACCCCCCGCCCAUGGGUUCACCGACCAACGCCAUCUUGGGCAUGUUUAUGCUAUGGUGGGGCUGGCUUGGAUUUAACUGCGGAAGUACACAGGGAAUAACAAAAGACAAGUGGGCGCUCGCAGCCAGGUCUGCUGUUGCUACAAUUUGUUCGUCCAUGGCUGGAGGUAUAGCUGGGAUUACAUUGAGUUACCUGACGAAACGAAGAAAGUUCGACAUCGGGUAUUUGAUCGAUGGCGUGUUGGGUGCAUUGGUGUCCAUUACCGCUAUGUGCACUCUGUGUCCUCCCAAGUUCUCCCUUGUGAUUGGUCUGAUAGGCGGUUGUAUCGCGUGUGGGGGCGUGGAACUCCUGAACAAACUCAAGAUUGACGACCCAGUGGGCGUGGUCCCGGUCCACUUCUUCUGUGGGAUCUGGAGUCUGGUGGCGGCUGGACUAUUUGUCAAACACGACGACAUCGUGGAACAGGGAGAAGUUGUGCAUGAUGGCUUGUUCAUGGGUGGUGGGUGGACAUUGCUAGGUAUUCAGCUAUUAGCCGUCGUCUGUAUCUCAGCCUGGUGUGGCAUCAUCGCCUGCCUUAUUCUGAAGAUUUUAUCGAUGACCAUCGGACUCAGAUUCCCCUUCCAUGAGGAGCUCCUAGGAGCAGACAUGGUGGAGCAUUCCAUCGGUCCUCGUAAGUACGACAAGAUCAAGAAACGAUUGACCGACUCAGCACGAUAUCGGCGCUUCGAGCAGCCCCGUAAGCGUCUCCACUCCUCCAUGCGACAGGCUGAGGAUUUCCUGAGCAUGCGCGAUGCUACCUUGGAUACCAAUUACAAUGACGUUAUCAGACGCUUCCAAGACCGGGAGUCCGACGACCGCAACCGGUCCGGUGCGCGCAAGAUGCACUUUAACCCGGCACGGGGGGACACGGUGUUUACGGUUACCAACGGGAACGCUCAUGCAAUAGCCGUCGAAGAGGGUUAUACCAAUGGUGACGUCAUUACCACUUCCGUUGAUGGGGCGGGUCCUACAGAUGCAGAACCAACCGAUAGCCAGGCAACCGAUAGCCAGAACAAUAUUGCAAACUCUGUGAACAAAAAGCGACGAAUCAGCACCCAGUUGAUCCGAGGGGCCUUCCGACGCAGGAAAUUCGUGUUGCCUAAAUGGCAGCGCAAACUGGGAAUCGAGAACGUGGCCUACAUUGACAACGAACAGAGCGCGAGAGGCAAUCCUAGAAAAGCGCGGCGCGUACAGUUUUCGACCGACACGAAUCUCGACAUUGACGAAGAAACUGUUGAGAACGGUGCCGUGGCGAGCACGUCUCUGAACGGGUCGGGUGCCAGUCCAUGCCAUGCCAGCGUGCAGGCUGGUUCAGCACACCCAGUGGUCAUGGUCGAUAAGAGCACGCAGACAUGCCCAGUUGCCGAAUCGUGCUCGGCCUUCGUUCAGACUAGCGAAGAAGACAUUUUCUUACAGAAUAUCAGCGUCGAGGCUGAUUGUAGCUCCAUUGAAAUGGAAGUCUACUUCGAUGCGGAUGAGUCGACGCCGGAAACUGACGCUGUGCAACAUCCAAGGCGGAAGAGCUUUGCGGCUCAAGACAGUGUCGAUGGAGAGGAGGAUGAUUUAGUCAAUCGAACGGCUAACUCAAGAAUUGAAUAUCUAGUUUAGAGGAUAAUGAAGUGGCCUCUUUUGUAUAACAAAAAAAAAUGUGUGUUCAGAGCAGACAAAAUACCUCAGAUGCCAGCUGUGUAAAAUAGUUUAUUGCAUUUAUCUUAUUUUUUGUAAUACAUGUGUAAAACAUAAACACACAUAUAUACAUAAACAUGUUGCACUUUCACAUAUAACAAUGGUUUUAUUAGCCUUUUAACGAACGCGCGCGUGAGUUUUUGAGGGUGUUUUAUACCCUCAAGAAGUAUACCUUGAAUUGUCAUUUCGCUGGUGCGCGAUCUCCUUAUACACUGCAUUGUUAUAUGAAUAAUUUGUUGGUAUACCAACGUUUCAAAUGUAUUUACGUUUUAGCAGAUAGACGAUAUAGUUUUGUUUGUUUGCAUUGUUGAUUGCUUGUUUUUGUUUGUUUUUCCACCUUGAAGUUCGAUACAUGGGACUGAUGUGAUAUGCAAAAUUGAUACAGUAUUUUUUGUUUCGUGAAUUUGCAGGUCUUAACAAGAAGCACGGUUUAAAGAGGAGUUAAAUUUAAAGAAAAAAAUAGCAAAUUUCCACAAUUUCCUAAUGUAGAUGGUCCCUUUAACUUUAGCCCCUUAAAAUAUAUUUCGCAUGGCAUGAGAAAUAGUCCUUUGAAGUGAACAGAUGUUACAAGAUUGACCAAAGCAGCUCUUCCCGAAAUAUUCCACCUUUGAUCUGUCCGUAUAUCACCCAUGCUAUAGUUCCAGCGAAUCAGUUAUACCAUUUGUGUAUCUUUCAUUGCACUGAGCAGGCGGAUUUUACUAUCGCUAUAAGGUUACACUGUUUCUUGGCAAUUUUAAAACUGCCUAUGCCGGCCUUUUAACAUUUUGGUAUGAAAUGGUCUUUACCAAAUAGGAUGAAUAUGUCGCGGGCACGAUGGAAAUAGUAGUGAAGACCGCUGUACUGUAUAGUUUAUGACCCAAUCCAUGAGACAUUAAACACGAGGUGAUAUUCGCAGCGAAAAUAUUCCACCGGUUGUAACACAAAAUUGUGCUGGUAUGUCAUACAUUCACAUAUUUCCACUCCAACUAGAUCAUAAAAGUUAUUUAUUUAUUUAUUUAUUUUUACAAUUUUUGUGAACCUUUUAUAAAUAUACUUAAGAAUUUGAUUCAUGGUUAGUCCUCAACCCAAACACCCCGAUAGAUGGCUUUUUAACUUUUAGACGGCCAUAUUGGAUCGAUAGCGAGGCGAACCUUGCAUUUGUUUUUAAACUCAAGAUGGUGACUGACCACAAUGGAGGCAGAUAAUACCUCGCUGUGCUAUGACAAAUCGUUCUGUUUUGAGAGCGAGACGAGCACAUUACAAAAAUAUAGUCUGGCACCUAACCAUAGUUUGUAAAUGUAGAUGAAAAUUGAUUCGGGUGCAAGAUCGAGCGUAGAUUCGGUCGCAAGAUUGAAAAUGGUCGCCUCUUGAAAACGGCCCACAGUAACCUCGUGUCCAUGGCCUCGAGCAGUACGCUGUUAUAGCUGGUCUUUCGCUCUCUACCACUAGCUGCAGCUCUACUAUUGUAUCAAGGUUGACAGUAGACCCUGGGAACAAAGUUGGGCCAAUAGGCAGUGAUUCUCAACGACAAAUAAUGCCCAUGCAUACAAGAUAUGUUCUUAUUAAAUGGAGGGAUUUUAAAUUAAAUAAAAACAAUUAAUCGUGUCCUGCCUUUCUCUUCAGUGAGCAUUGACUCCCCAAAAUGGUUGAGGCACAUUGUUCGCUUGGUCACGUGUAUUUGUUUGAGGGGAGGAUGCCUAAGUGUAGAUUUUUUUUUAAAUCGUGUCUUACAAAGAUGUUUCCCGUGCUGAAUACUAUAGCUUAAUGAUAUACCCCAUUUUGGCCCUUCACAUUAUUGUCCAAUAUCUUUUAGACAUAAAACAGCUACAAGUUUGGUCACUAUAACCAUCUUAUAUAAAGUAGCUGGGAUAUAAACCCAAAAAUUUUUUUAAAAAAUUGUAAAUGUAUCCAACAAAACUGCACUGUAUUUUCCCCAACAAAUACGCAUAAUAAAAUAUAUGUAUUGUUAAACACAUUUUUCAGUUUGCAAGUUCGCUUUUAACUGUAUGUUCCAUAAACUGUUUAAAUUUUGAACUUAGCUUAUCACUAUUGACUCUGUCCAACAUGUGCAAGGAACAGAUUUCUAUUUCAAGUUCUCGAUAUUGGCCAAAAGAGGAAGUCUAACCGAAACUCGCGUAGUAAUAUUGAGGACAUACUGGGUUCUCAAUGAUUGCCAUAUUCACGAAAUGACUCACUUUUAAGAACAGUUUUAUGGUUAGAAAUUCACUUCGAAACAAAAGUCUUUAGUAAGAGGAUGUCGGAGAACAAAAUACCAUCAUGUGAAGGCAACUAUAAAAAUCACGGGAUGGAUAUUAUAACAAAACUUGUUAAGAAUGAUUUACAACUUCAACUGUAUUCAACUUUGAAAGUUAUAUGAUUUCAAUAUUUGACUUUGCAUAUUCAUGGGGUUCUGUAGAUUACACGUUCGAAUUCGGAAGAGUUUGUUAUAUCCGCAUAAACGAAUUGUAACAAGAAAACUAUUAUAAUAAAAUAUUUUAUAUCCAAUACCGUUUAUUAUAUACCUAUAUCUAGAUCAAAUAUAAUGUCUGGUAUUCCUUUCACUCGUCGCUUUUAAAUACGAAAGAACUAUAUAUAUAUAUUAUAUAUGAUUGUAACUAUUGUAAAUAACAUGGAUAAGUUGUAUCCACUGUUAUAGGAUUUGCAAUAACACCUAUUUUCACCUUGA